AUGUCGGACAGGGGUCUUCAUGAUCCCUUCGAACUGUUCGCUAGUACAGAUUCUGGCGUGAGCCAUGAGCCGUCGUGGAACCAUACACAGUUUGAUGCCAUGUUGGAGAUAUUGCCUGAAAAUCUGAACUUGGAUGUUGGGGGACUGCAACAAGACACUUCGUCUCCUGUCGCUACUACUCUGAAAUUCGAAUCUAAUACUACUACUACUACCAUUACAAAUGCUUCUAUGAAAGAUGAUGGUAGCCCCGAUGUUAUUGGCGAAGAGGAUGAUGAAGGUGGCUGGAAAACACCUGUGGCAGAAAUAUCAUCGCAUAAUGGGUUGAAAAGUAGGCCGAUAGAUAUUGUUCAAAGUGUUACACCAUCAACAACUGCAGGCCAGUUAAUUGGGAACGACUUGAAUUUGCAAAAUGGUGAAAUUGCUCAACUCUGGGAUUUUAAUGUCCAUGAAUUUAUGAUGACGCCGAGUGAUCAUAGUGAUUCCGCAACGAUAAGUGCCCCGUCAUCUUUCAACUCAGAACAAUUCACUCCAGGAACAACUACACCUGGCUUCAAUCCCGCAUCUAGCACGGCGUCCAUAACUAAUAAUAAUUACAAUAAUGGCAAUAAUAACGGCAACAAUAAUAAUAAUAAUAAUACCAACUCUAAUUCGCAUUUCCAAAACAGUUGGAAUCACUUGUUACACCAGCAACAUGAUAAUGGACCGAACAGCAGCUCUUUGGCGUACCAACACCCUAGAUUAUUCCAAAACAAUAACUCUAGUCAGUCAACAAUCAAAGCAGAUGAAUACCAACAUAAACAACCUCAACUUCCGCGAAGAAGUAGUUCCAGAAAUCUUCUUAUUAAAAAUGACAUGAAUGAAGAUGGGGCUCUACCUCUACUUACACACACUACUACCAAUCUUGUCAAGAAAAAUUCCUCUGUGAAAAACCUUCCGACAACCACUCUACCUCAGUAUAGAAGGUGUUCUUCGUCGACAAAUAUGCAAGUCAUGAACGGACCUCCCGUGAACAAUGGUGCUAAAGCAAAUAAACCGCCAACGCAGUGCUAUAAUUGUAAAACUUUGAAAACUCCACUUUGGAGGCGUGAUCCAGAUGGUAAUACACUUUGUAACGCCUGCGGUUUGUUUCAAAAGUUACACGGCACAAUGAGACCUUUAUCGUUGAAGAGUGAUAUCAUAAAAAAGAGGAAUACCAAGAAGAGAACCAAAAAAGAUGACAAACCAGCAUCAAAUAUGGAAUUACAAGGACAGAAUGAUCAUUCCACAAAUAGAGGAUCACAGUCUCCUGAGAAAUUUCAAAGGAAACUUUCGGCAAAGCACACUUCAAUUCAGCCGGCAGCUAAUAUUUAUAACCAAUCUGCAUUAAGUCAAAACUCAUUGAAUAAUCUCAACAAGAAGACGGCAACAAAAUCCAGACGUUCCUCAACUUCAUCCUCAACGUCCAGCAAGUCAUCUUCAUCAAGAUCUGUUGUUCCAAUUCUGCCAAAACCAUCACCUGGGUCAAGGGAAAACACAUUACAACAAUUCCAAUAUCAAAUUCAAAUGCAAGUCUCUCAACCUAAUAGCGCGGCAUCUUCACCUAGAUAUUCGAAUUCACCCAGGUUUUAUCCAACGUCUCCUUCAACUGGUCUUGGUGUUUCAAUACCCCGUCGCAAAUCUUCGAGAACUCAAAUAUCCCAGUCAUCAUCAUUUAUGGCACAGUCACUACAACAGCUACAACACCAACAGCAUAACUCCUCCUCAAAUCAUACUUCUGCAGGAAUAAGCACUAACGGUAGUAACAGCCAGGCAUCUACUGCAACUUCACAGAAUGCGAACAAUCUAUCAUCAUCCACAAAUUCUUCGAGCAACGCGACAAUAUCAGCACCGAAUUCAUGGGCCAAUCAUUCUCUGUCACAGCCGCAAAACAUUGCAUCACCCAACUCAUCAAGAUCACCGUUUGAGCUAUUUUCAAAUCCAAACUCCCAACCAAAGAAGUCACACAAAUCUUUACUUUCCCAGCAAUUACAGAAUUCCUCUAAUUCAUCUUCAAGCUCCUCAUCAUUUGUUGAAAAUGCUUCUUCUGGUCAACAGUUGUCACAAACACCACCAUCACAUCAUAGCCAAACACAACAAAAUUUUGGCUCUUCAGUACCAGCAGCAUCGCCAAGAAGCAGUUAUGUAGAUACCCUUCAACAACAAAGAGGUAUACUGCAAUACGAACAGCAACAAGUGGCUAGACGAAAGACUCCAUCAACCAGGCAAUCCAACCCUUCAUUGUUCGAAUCAUCGGGCUCGUCUCUUUCGAAACCAAAAAAGGAAAACAAUGUAAUGGAUGAUUUGGAUUGGUUGAAGUUUGGCAUGUAA